UGCCUUUACUAUGAUCCCCAAAGAAUUGAUGCACGUAUGAAACAUGGAAUAUAUUAUUUUAACAAAUCAAAUUGGAGUAUAGCUAUGCAUGAUUUUACAAUGGUGAUUAAAAAAGAUCCAAAACAUGCAGAGGCAAGAACCUACAGAGGAAGAAUAUACAUUAAGCAAGAACAAUAUAAAAAUGCAGCUGAAGAUUUAGCUGCUGCAAUUCAUUUGAAUCCCCGUAACUGGAUUGCAUUCUAUUACAGAGGUUGCAUUUUGAGGAAAAUUGAUCCGAAACAGUCUCUGCAGGACUUAAGUGUUUCUGUCCUUCUCAAUCACAAAUAUGACAAUAUUUGUGCUUACCUUCAUCGUGGGAUCUUGUAUGCAGAAUUGAGACAGUGGCCCCUGGCUAUCUGUGAUUUUGAAAAUGCAAUUGCUUUGGACAGGAAUUUUACAACACCUUAUAUAAACAUUGGAUUGAUUAUGAUGUUGCAUUCGGAUCUGUAUUUUGAUGCUAUUGUACGGUUCACUGAAGCCAUCCGGGUUGAUCCAUUAGAUAUUAGACCUUAUUUGUGCAGAGCGCAAGCUUACCAAAAGGUUCAUGAUUUAAAGAAUUCAGUUAAAGACAUAAAUCGAGCCAUUCAUCUCCAUCCCAACUUACCCUAUUUAAUCUUAACAAGGGGGCAGUAUUUACUACAAAUGAAGCAUUUUAAACUUGCAAGUUUCUGUAUACACCAAGUGGCAGAAAUGGACAAAGGAUCUCUUGGAUGUUCACUUGUUCAAGAAGCACUUGUACAGUCAUUUUGUCAAAACUAUAACAAGGCUAUUGAGUGUGCCAUUGCAGCUACGAGAAACCAACCUGAGCCUGCUAUAUAUUGUCUACUUGGAAAAAUCCAGAUGAAAGCCAAAAAAUUCAAG